CAAUUGCCAAGCAACCCACUGUUGGCCAAUCACGGAGCUCAGAGGUGAUGUCAUGGCGAGAGCGAGCAGUGGUGCUGAUGUGGAGAGAAGCCCAGGGUACCACUAAUUGAGGGAGUGAGGAAGGGAGCAGCUCGCUUCGAACGGGACUGCAGAUUUGUGAUAGCAUCCUGAGCUGGUGACAGACCUACUUUGUGACUUUCAGCCAGAUUCAGCCCUCACAUUCCAGAAAACAUGACCCUCGCUGCCUACAAAGAGAAGAUGAAGGAGCUUCCAUUGGUGUCCUUGUUCUGCUCCUGUUUUCUUGCUGAUCCCCUGAAUAAAUCAUCCUACAAAUAUGAAGGCUGGUGUGGGAGACAGUGUAGGAGGAAAGAUCAAAGCCAGCGGAAAGACAGUGCUGACUGGAGAGAAAGAAGAGAGCAGGCAGACACAGUGGACCUGAACUGGUGUGUAAUUUCUGACAUGGAAGUCAUUGAGCUGAACAAAUGUACCUCGGGCCAGUCCUUUGAAGUCAUCCUGAAGCCACCCUCCUUUGAUGGGGUUCCCGAGUUCAAUGCCUCCCUACCCAGGCGGCGAGACCCAUCACUGGAAGAGAUCCAGAAGAAACUAGAAGCAGCUGAGGAGCGAAGGAAGUACCAGGAAGCUGAGCUCCUGAAGCACCUGGCAGAGAAACGAGAACAUGAGCGGGAGGUGAUCCAAAAAGCCAUUGAGGAAAACAACAACUUCAUCAAGAUGGCUAAGGAAAAACUGGCUCAGAAGAUGGAAUCCAAUAAAGAGAACCGGGAGGCCCACCUUGCUGCCAUGUUGGAACGGCUGCAAGAGAAGGAGCCGCCUGCUGCGCGGUGACUCCCGGGACCCGAUCGGUGGCCUCGUCCCAUGGACAAGCACGCGGAGGAGGUGCGGAAAAACAAGGAGCUGAAGGAAGAGGCCUCCAGGUAAAGCCUAGAGGCCAAAGAAGUUUCCAGAACAGCCGGACAGCUCCAGCAGCUCCGCAGUUCCCGAGGCAGCCUCGCCCGCCGUCGGCUGCUCUCCCAGCACUGGGGUUUGGGGGGAGGGGGGUGGCCAGGGGUGUUUCCUCUGCUUUUGGUGUUUGUACAUGUAAAGAAUUGACCAGUGAAGCCAUCCUAUUUGUUUCUGGGGAACAAUGAUGGGGUGGGAGAGGGGAGAGAAGGAGAGAAUUUGGGGAAGAAGGUAGAGAAGGACUCAUGGACAUUGCAACCCUGCCCACCACAGACUCAGGUCAAGUCCUUGGCUUUUCUUCACAGCGAACGUCCAGGCACCACGUGGGAAGCUGCAAAUGGAGUAGUACAAGUACCAAGUGAAGGGUGGAGUCCUGGGUGAGGCAGUGGCCUCAGGGCGUGGCACGAGAAACCCAGGGAGAGGGUGGGGGGCCGGAUGUAUUGCUUCCGCCCUGCAACAGGUGGGAUGAGGUCUGAGUGUGUGUGUAUUAACUAUCAUCUUUUGAUCAUCAUGACCAAUGAAAUAUUUA